UUAAUUUUCGAGGUCAUGGACUGUCCAGAUCGCUAUCGCGUUAUAUGCGCACAGCUUCAGCUACCGGCGAUGCUCGACUCUGGUGGAAUGCCUACUGGAGCAUGCGUCCCGGCGAGAAAGAGGGUUGUACCUGGGAGAGACUCAAGGAGCUAAUCCGUGAGAAGUACUAUCCCACGUAUUACCGAGCAGAGAUGGAGCGUCAGUUUCUGUCGCUCAAGCAGGGUACUCGUUCUGUUGAUGAGUACGAGAGGGAGUUUACUAGACUUGCAGCUUUU